AUGUAUCGCAACUCUUUCUUAACAAAGAAUCAUCCUUAUUAUGACGAUACAUCUGUCCUCCUACAUCAAACUUUUCAUACUUAUUUACAAGAACCAUACCAGUUGCAAACUCUUUCUGGUGAGAGGUUUGAGAAAAGGGUCAACUUAGAUUGGCCAAGUGUCAAGUUAGAUCCGAUAUAUCUGCAUAAAGAAGAGUAUGAUUCCGGUUUUAAUAUUAUUGGUUCUGGCAGUGUUCAUGGAACUAUCUGUUUGCUAUGUGCAUCUCAAGAAAAUAUUAUAUUGUGGAAUCCAUCUAAUAAGGAAUUUAAGCUGCUUCCUCCCAGCCCUUUUGAUUCUGAACCUUAUUGGGGUGUUUUGAUUGACCAUCGUAGUUUUGGCUAUGACCGUGUCAGAGACGACUAUAAAGUAAUGUGCCAUGGGCAAGUUAUUCAAAAAUAUAACUACGGAAUUUACAGUGGUUCCUAUAUAUGGGAGAUAUAUAGUUUGAGAAGCAACUCUUGGAGAAAAAUUAAUGUCGAUAUGGAGCAUAAUCAUAUGGAUUGUGAACAAGUGUACCUAGAUGGACUUGCUCAUUGGAUGUGUAGCAAUGAAGGACGUAAUCAAGUUUAUUUGUUGUCAUUUGACUAG